AUGAAACGUUUUGAUUCCUUUUCUCUGUGUUGAAAACAUGCUACUCUAACCAAUGAGAGUUUCAAUUUUGGUGGGAGUUACGGCUUUAGAAGUUGAAAAGCUAUGCAGAAAAUAUUGCAAUGGGAAAAAGUUUAGUGAAUUCAGAGCAUAAUGUUAAUUUAAUUGCAAAGAUAUUUUUCAAAUUUAUUUUCUUAUAUGAAAUAGAAAAUGAUUCCUACAACGUGUGGAAUAGACGUUUGUGCAUUUGUACAGAAAUCUGGAUGUACCUGUGAGGAUUCUACUUUUCCACAGCUUGUAUUAUCUUCCGAUAAUGAAAUUGCUAUUUUUCAAGAUGAAGUUUCUUUGAAAACUUUUAAGUAUGAUAACAUUUGCGAUAUGGAUUCUCAGGAUGAGGUUUUGGAGUUAACAGCUAAAUCAAUUACUAAGGAUGUGGUUGAAAGUAUCAAUCGGAUUAUGUUUGUCUACAAGCCUUUUGGAAAUGAUAUAACUCAUGCUGUAGAUAUGAUGACCUUUAGUUCAGUUAUUCUGAAUAAUAUAUAUACAGCUGUGAGCUCUGAAGAAAACUGUGAUAUCUCUCUCCAUGUAUGCUGCAUUGAAGUAAAUAAUAAAGGAAUAAUUGAUUUAUUACAUAACUUUUAUACUGCUACAAAUGAUGUAAAAGUAGUUGAAUUAGCAAAUCAAGUGGGAAGUAAUUUGACCGAAGGAAUUGUCACAAAUACAAGAGAUAUUGAUAAAAUUCUAGAAACUGUUUUUCAAAAAACCAUUCCAAAUGUUUGCGUUGACUGCCGCCAUAUGAUUGUAUUUUCGAUAAUUGUUCUAAAAAACCGAAAUGUUGAUGGUUUUGAAGUUAUGAAAACCGGUCGUUUUAUUUUGGUAGAUAUAGAAGGUUGCAUAAAUUUUUUGAAAGAAGUUCCGAAUUAUAUGUGUAAUAGACGAGAAUCAUUUGGUUUGAUUCCUGAUGCAUCAUCAGUUAAAAAAAAUCCUGAAUUCUGGAACUGCAGUCUCAGUGGCGUUCUCAAGAAUUUCCUUGCUAUAUCAAAAAUUUCCGUAAUGAUGUCUCUUCCAUCUACUUUAUUGAAUAUGGAACAGGUGCAUGCUUUAGAAAUAGUAUCUGAAAUGCGGAGUUUUAGACUAAAACCUGUAAUUAAUGAGAAAUUGCUAUUACGAGAGUCAUUAAAGGAUUACGCCGACGAAAUUAAAGCAUUAGAAAAAGAUUUAGAAGUUUUAAAGAAUAAUAAUGGAAUCUUAACAAAUCAUCAAAAGUACAGGUCUCUGAAAAACAGACUUCUCUUAAGUGAAUCACAGCUUGAAGGUUUCCGCGAAGAAAGAAAUGCUUUCAGCAGUAGUGUAAGCAAUAAAAAAGAAACUUUAACAAGGCUUCAACAAGAAAUUAAGUUUAUAAGUAUUAAGAUUGAAGAAGAAAAGAAAAAAUUGAUGGUUUCAGAAGUCGCAAUAGAAGAAGCUGAACAAAAGAAAUAUGCUUUAAAUCUGAAAAAGAUGGCAGAAGUAGACGAUUGUGUAUCAAUGAAUAAUUUGAUAAAUUCUAUUGUCAGUUGUAUGAAAAAUCAGAACUCUCAUUUGCUGAAGGUAAAAUAUGCUUAUGAGAAGUCAUUUUCAAGUGCGAGACAACUUAAUGAAGAUAUAAAUAAUCACACCAUUAAUGCAAUUGAAGAACAGAAUAGGUUGAAAGUUAGAGUUAAUUCAAUGCUGUUGCAUUUAAAAGAAGUUCUUCUUAAUUCAUCUAUACAGCAAAAUAAUUUUAUACUAAAUACAAAUGAAGUUCAUCUAAAAUUUGAAGAAAUGCUAAACUUUUGGAAGCAGCAUAGCACAAGACUUAUCAUUGAUUUUCACAGCUUCACAGAAGGAAUUAUUCAAAGUUGUUUCUCUCUGAGAAAUAAUUUAUGUUCGGAAUUAGUAUCUCUAAAUUUUGCCGAUGGUGUGAUUAUUGAAGUUAUAAAAAGAAGCAAGGUUGAGACUUUAAGUACAGUAACUUCUUGCUCUAGCAAAAUUCACCUGUCUGUUGAGAAUUCAAUUAAAUUAUUGUAUGAAGUUUUGUGCCUUUUAGAAAUUAGUCAGGGAAAAGUAAAGGAACAGCUAAAAAAAUUGGAAUCUGCUAUAUGUUGCCACAGUAAUGAACGCAUGAAAUUUUUGAGUUCCACGAAUUCAACCAUGGCAUCAGUGCAGCACUAUUUCAAUGUACAAUUGGAGUUAUCUUCGAAAAUCAAUUCAGAUAUUUUCAUUCACCACCAAGAAUUGAAACUGAGUAUCAAUCAAGAAUUAAUGAAAAUCAAAGAAGGUCUUAAUUCAUUAAAAAAGUUAUUCUGCACUGAACAAAAGUUUGUGACUGACAAAUGGCGACAAAGACAAACCUAUCUGUUUAACAUAAAAGAAAUUGGUGGAAUUUUUCAGUCAUUACAACUAUGUACUGAAGAACAUCCUGUUUUGUUGGACAAAUUAAGGAAGCUAUGUGUAUCAAGCAUUGAUGAACUGUAUUCUAUUUUCAGAGAUCAAACAUUAAUUGUUGAAAAUGUAGGCAGUCACAUUAAGAAGAUGUUUAAUGAAAUUGAAUGCAACAUUAAGGAUUGCUCAGAAGGAAAUAAAGAGAGAAUUAGUCAGCAAAAAAAUGACAUCAGAGCUAAUCUUGAAAUUCAAAAUGGAGCAAUUAUAAAGUGCAUUAACACGACUAGAUCACUUACUGAGGGCGUCAUAGAAUCUAUAAUCGGAGGACUGCAAAACACCAGAAAUUCUCUUUUUAAUGUCCAGGAUUUAAAGGAAAAUAAUAAUGCCCAUCAUAUUAUUUUUGAGCUAAGGAAUAAUCUUAAUGAUUAUAUUGAAAAGUAUGCCACUAUCUUAGGAUUAAGUGAAUUUACUCUGCAAAAACUUUCUGAAACAGUAUCCAAACAAACAGAAAAUCUUGAAGAAUCUGUAGAGUUCAAUCAUGAAGAAUUGCUAUCAUCUACUCCAAGUUCCUAUCAUGAAAGACCUAAAAAUUUGAUAAAGGACAAAAUAUUUUUAAAGAAACUUAGAAAGAUAGCAACAAUACAAGUAAAUCCUGAAUGUCAAAAUCUUAGUUUGGACCAGGAAAGCAUAAUGAAUGCAACAAUCAUGUCGCUUCAAAGCAUGAGCAAUUGAAUUAAGGUGGGAAUUCAUACCAAUAGAAGCCUUAUGUGUCAAAAAGUUGUAAAAUGAAAGUCUUUGAAAAGAAUUCUUGUUUAUUUGCUAUUUAGAUUUUUAAAUGUUUUUAAUAAACUUUUCAGUAUUUU